UUUUGAACAUUUCCGAAAUUCCGUGACACGGAAGUACUUUUUUCCCUCCAAUGAAGAGACAUACUUUCCGGAGCAAAGUCAAAUUUGCUGCAAAUUGACCUCCCUAGCCUUCUCAUCUGAAAGAACGACCUCUUUACAAAAUCAUGCCGUUCAUUGAUUUAGAAAGUAAUUUACCUGAGAGUACGUUUUCUGAGGAUUUCUUGAAAAAGCUGUGCUCCAAAACAGCCGCUGUUCUAGGGAAACACGAAGAGAGAAUGAUGCUGGUGGUGAAACCAGGACUGCCAAUGCUCAUGGGUGGAACUUGUGCUCCUUGCGUGAUACUGUCCGUGUCCGCCAUCGGUGUCACUGACACUGCUGAGAAGAACAAGGAACACAGUGCCAAUAUCUUCCCUUUCCUUACAGGAGAACUUGGACUUACUGAAGACCGGGUCAUGAUUAGGUUCUAUGUCCUGGAGCCACAUCAGGUUGGAAAGAAAGGAACUGUUAUGAGUUACCUGUAGGAGGAACUUUCUGCACCAGAAUGACUUCACACAUCUGUUCCACAACAGUUACCAAACCCCGGCAGUGGGUUUCCACCACUCAAUUGGACAUGACAUACCAUAUGACAAAGACCUGUAUUGGAUUUUAUCACUAUGGUAUUUGACCCCGUGAAUCUAUGUCCUGGAAAUGCAUUCAUUUAUAUUGCGACAGUAAACCAGAACCUCACAUUUGACAAGCUAGAUGAUAUAAGAAUAUAUUCAUGUUUGAUUAGAGGAAAUGUAAACCAAUUGACCUUUUUUCAAAGCUAUUACUAUGUAAGUUCAUCUAUUCAUGUCAUAUCUCAACCAUCUGAUAAUGUGGUUGAGAUGUUUUUUUCUGCUAUGUUUUGUUAGUAAGAACCACAAUGACUAGCAUAGAUGAUGGACUAGUAUUAACAGUAAAUCUUUAAGUACGUACUGUGCAAUGGAAUUCAGGUAAAUGUCAAUGGCCGCUGUGAAACACCAUUCUAUGCAUUUGUUAAGAGUAUAGAAGUAGAUAAGGACAUAACAGUGUUGCAUUAACUAACAUGCACUCUGUAUUUGUGAAGGACUAUGCUUAGUAAAUUGACAUGUAAUAUAUUCCUUUCAAUUUCAGUCCUUUUAAUAUAUGAGUAUCAAGUAAAUGUUGUGAAGGCUUUGCUGUACUGGAUAACUUAUUUGUAUUGCUUUUAAUCUUUUUAAAUGAAUAUCUUAUUAACACUUUGUUCUAGCUAGCUAUUUGUGUAGGUAGCUAUCAAGUAAACCCAAUGAUAAUAGUGUAGGUGAUAAUGAUAAUAGUAUAUAUAUUUAAGAAGUGUCUAGUCAUACUAGAAGUAAAAGUACUUAAAUUAUUGUGUCCCGCAUGACUAAAUUAUUUACUGGAUUUAAUGUCUUGCCAAUAUUUCUUUACACUCAACACGAAGAGUGGAAGGGUUUUAAAAUAAUACAAGGUGCAAAUGUGACAUUGAAUGUAAAACCAAUGUAAAAAUGUAGCUAUCUUUCCAUGUGAUACAGCCCACUGAAGGCAACAAAAAAAAUAAACAUUUAGGAUGUGUGCUUUCUGUCCAUACAUUAUUGUUCG